GCGUCACUUGUUCGUCCAGGCGUUUACACAGAAGAUACCUCGUUUUCUGCACAGGCAGGACCAUGUUGCACUUGGAUUUUAUAUAGAAAAUACAAAUUUCACCUUAAUAACAUUAUUUGAUUAUUAUUAUUUAUUUAUUUUUUUUUUAAAAAAGGCAACAACAGCACAGAGCAGCAGCAGCGUGUGUGGAGCAAGUGGUCCCAGAAAGAUUUCCGUCAUGGGAGCGUGUGGAUGGAGCUCAGCGCGUCUUGGCUUUGUCGUUUGGGGAUUUUUGGCAUUUUUCUGCGGAGAAUUUGUCCCACAGGCUGAAGCAGGCUGCAGGGAGCGAGAGAGCCCCAACUGCUGCACCGGCCGGAACAACGAAUGUUUUGAGUACUCCAGGAGGAAAACAGUGUGUUACUGCGAUACCUACUGUCAAAAAACAAGAGACUGCUGCGAGGACUAUCAGAGCGUUUGCCAAAUAUCUGCAGCCAUUGACUGUGUGGUGGGAUCAUGGGGUCCCUGGUCAUCAUGCACAUCUUCAUGUGGAAUUGGUAGCACGGAAAGGAGUCGCCAAGUAUCUGUUCCCCCUAGAAACGGAGGUACACCCUGUCCUGAUCUCAAACAACGUCGAGGAUGCUUCGGAAACAACGCCAUAUGCAGCACCGCGAAAGAAGUCGCAAAAAUCUUGCCUAAUUCUUUCAAGAGGAACUUCAAGGACCCUUGGAGGAGACCACACAUGCUGAUGAAGGAGGAGAAGGCCAGUUACUGUGUGCAUCUGCAAGUGAAACAGGCUAGCGCGGCAUGUAGACUCAAACUGUGGACCGCUCGACUGAUGAGAGAGACUGCUGUCUGUGUAGAGUGUCAAAGUGAUGCCAUGGCAAAGUCAGAUCGCUGUGGAGGCGAUGGUCUAAGGGGCACCAGGACCUUCUGGUCAGCAGCUUCAGUCCCGGGCUGUCACGGUUCCUGGAUUCGACAGUUUUCUUCUGAGCGCUGCCAGUGUCCUGACAACUCUUUCCUCUUUGUUUGAGGCGGCACACUACUCUCAGCAUCCUGCCAAGUGCAGGACAGCCCUGCCAGCCAAGCCAGACCCUCCAAUCCAGAUUACUGGAUGGGUAACUCAAGGAUAUUAGCAGCAUCCUGCCACUUUUUUUUCUUUCACCUCAUAUUCUGUACUGUAUAAACUCUUAAAGCACACAUAAAUUCUUGCAUUUAACUUCUGAUUUUACAGCCACAUAAUUCUCCUCUAAAGCACAGCAUCUAUUUGCCUUUUUACCUCUGAGUCUUUGCUAUCUACCUCCAUCAAUACAAGUGCGUUUUCUAAUGCAUAAUGUAUAAAUAUAGAAAUAUAUUAUUUUGCUUUAUACAUUUUCUACUUAUGAUUGGUUUAUGUAAUGUAUAUGUGUCUAUAUAGCUUCAAUAAUUUGUAUCCAACAGUGUAAACAUCAGACAUCUGUCAUUUAUCCCCAAACAGUCCUAAGUCAUCAGUGGUUUUGGAGAUACUAAAACGGAUCAUCAAAGUCAUAUCCAAACUAGGAUCCUUCGCUCAGUAUUUUGAUGUUGUAUCUUUUUUUAUCCCAAAGGGCAAAGUUGAAUAUCAGGUACUGAUUCUCAGGUGCUUAGAUUUCAAGUCUCCUUCAUGUCUGCCUCUUCUGGUGGUCAGUCACAGAUGUUUUCAGUAACAUGACUCAUAGCGGAGAUCAAUCACAUCUGUUUAGACUUAAUAUUGCUGGAGAGGAAAAAGAGCCAUAUAAGCGAAUUCACUGUGGUUCUGUCUGUCUUGUGUCCAAGACUUAAAAAAUGCUUCAUGAUUACUCGCCCUGCUCACGGGGGAGUUUUAUCAAAAGAGUAUGAUCCAAGAUAAAUAUCGUGAACAGCCAACUCCUAUAUUUUUAAUUAACCGAAUCUCCUCCCCUCCCUACAGUUCCUUUACUUUUUUUUCAGUUCUGUUUUUGUUGUCUCUGUUGACUCUGUGUUUUCCCUCAAAUAAAAUACAGACUAACUACAGCUUUACCUUCUUGAGUUAAACGACACAGCAUAAAUUCCUGCAUCUCUUUUGCUGUUGGGUUAAGAAGAAGGCAGGUGCAGUCAUGUUAUGGAAACCUGUUACUUUCUCUUUACAUCCCCCAUGUCUGUGUUUGUGUGUUUAUUUAUUAUAAACCAUGUGGUAAUUUUAUAAGUGCAGCACAGCAUUUUCUGUACACUGUCCAUUAGUGAAAUAAAGAAAACUAUACCGCCA